AAAAGAUUCAAAACAACAUAGCAGAACAGAGUGAUUUGGGGUUUUCGAUUGGAAUACAAUCAGUUUUACCGUUCUUAGUUCAAAAAUACCAGCCCAAUCAAGGCGGAGUGAGAUCCCGGAAGAAUUUGGGUUGCCACUUGCGAGCGACCAUAUACUCCGUCAACAAUAGGAAAGCCGUAGACAGAAAAGGAUAGUAAAUCAAGUGUGGAAAGGUCGUCGCAAUCCCGCUGCAGUGGUUAAUUCCGCCACCGCAGAGGAUCUUCGCCAUUUCCCACCGCCUCCCUAUGGAUUUCCGCAUCUCCGGCGCCUCUCCUUCAUCUUCUUCCACAUCGUCGACGGACCCUCACAACUCGUCCACGUCUCACCACCGCCGGCCCCAGAAUGGAGGCGCCGACAACAAUGGCAGCGACCCUAUGCACUCUUGGUGGGAGUCAAUGUCCAAAGCCCGCUCCCGCAUACUCCUUCUCUCUAAUAUUCUCCCCUCGGAUUCCACUGCCGUCGCAUCUCUCACUGAUUCCGAUCAGCCAGCUCGCUCGCUCCUUCUCUCCCACCCUGCUUACUCUUUGCUCUCUACUUCUCUCUCCAUUCCGUCUUCCGGCUCCGGCGACGAUCCGUUGUGCCACUGGUUGUACGACACUUUCCUUAGCGAAGAUUCCGAUCUCCGCCUUGUCGUCCUCUCUUUCGUUCCGCUUUUGUGCUCCCUUUAUCUUUCCCGUAUCCACUCGUCUACACCCACCUCUACCACGCCGUCACUCUCCGGUUUCGAAGCUGUCCUUCUCGCUCUGUAUUCUGCCGAAACCAAAGCCCGAGCCGGGAAACCGAUACUGAUCUCAUUACCUGAUCUGUCUCAGCCGUCCCUGUAUCAUACACCGCGAAACCCUAUUCAAAGUAGAUCGACAUCGAUCCAGCCGUCAGUUGCAGUUCUCUCGCCUCCUCUCGAGCCACAGAUCGCCGUGAAGUCAACCAAACGGGCCUCAAUCGUUGGGGCUGCGCUGGACUGUUACUACAAACAGAUCUCACAAAUGCCAAGUUGGUCAAAGGUUGACUUUUGUAGAUUUGCAGCCGAUUGGGCUGGCCAGGACUGCCCUUGUGUGUCGGAGUUGGAUGAGAAUCACCGCCCUAGAUUAGAAAAUCUGUUUUCAGAUGAUUCUAGGGUUCCCGAGGGGUUCUCAGAAGAAUUCAGCAACUUGGAGAUUGACAAGAAGUCAGAUGGAGUGAGGAUUCCGUUGCCAUGGGAGCUAUUGCAGCCUGUGCUGAGAAUUGUAGGGCAUUGUUUGUUGGGUCCUUUGAAUGGGGAAGAAGAUGUGAAGAAUGGGGCAUCACUUGCAGUGAAGCGUUUGUAUGCAAGGGCCCAACAUGACUUAGUUCCCAGGGCAAUUUUGGCAACCAAAAGUCUGGUUCAGCUGGACAAGAGAGCUCGAGAUGCCACCCGGGUGGCUAACGCUUCCACUUCUACAUCAAAUGCUAACACGCCUAGCAAAGCAAAGAAGCCAGAGAUUCUUUUGGUUUCAAAAUGAAUUGCCAAGCCAAUUAUUAAUUUUCAGGACUAAAGUGGAUUAAUCAACAUUAUUGAAAGGACACUGCUUUUUGUUACCCUGUAUAUCCGAAUUGAAGGGCCAAUGCAGAUAUACUCCGUAAUAUAUUACUCUGUAUAUUUGAGACAUGGGUUGUAUCAAUGAAGAUCAGAUUCACAUACAGCGUUGACCUGAAAACUGUAUAUUCUGCAAUAGCAAUGAGGUGGCAAGAUGAAUGUCAUGUAUGUAUCAUUUUCAAUGUCAAGGUUUUAGAAGCUUUGUUACAUGAGAUGAAUUCCUACGUUACCUCUUGUAGUCUUGGCGCCUAUCAUAGUAUCAUCUUUGUUGUAACCUCCCUCCCCCAAGUGCUAUAUAUUGUUCCUAGCUGUGUAUUGUUUAGAAAAUAGAAAUUGAUCCAUUUCAAAAGUUCGCAUCAUUGUUUUUCUAUUGUAUUGCACAGCCCUUGUUUGGAUCUUGAGAUUUCUCUUAUCCAACUUCCUACUUCUGAUAGGUAGCCACUGUUUGUGAUUUUAUGCAGUUCUGCAUGGGUUUUAAGUUUGUUUUUAGACACUUAAAUGGGUGUAAGGAGCUCUUAAGUAAUGCAUGGAAAGUUGUAUGCAAUGUAAUGAAAUGUGUAAGCUUAGCAGAACUUUUUUAUACAUUUGUAUUGGGA